AUGAACACCAUGAAACAAUUCAUACGGAUAUGCCCACUGAAAGCGACGUUCACACAUACCCGGUUCCACCUUUCCCUCCGAACCGUUGAUCCGCCUAUAAUAUACCAUCGAUUACUGUUAUUCAGAAUCAAUAAACCGGAAACCAACGAUGUAUCUGUAUCAUCAUCUGAAGCUGGACCAUCUUGGAAAGCUCCAGAGCUGUAUUGUAUGGAAGAGACAUGUCCUCAUUUGGGUGCACCACUAAGUCAUGCUGAGAUUGAGGACAUAGAAGAUACAAAAGCGAUUGUUUGCCCAUGGCAUCAAUAUGAUUUUGAUCUCAAAGACGGUUCGAGCUCUACCGGUUUACAAGCAUGUACCUACGAAGUGCAGGUGAAGGGUAUAGCAGAAGAUGCAGAAGUAUGGGUAGAAGCUCCUCAUCCCUCUCCAUCCGCUCCACAGCGGAAAUGGGAAUUGGUAGAAAUGAGAGGCGUGAGUGAGGAAUUCCUGGAUCCACCUAUUCCAUCUUUAUCUCGAUUAUCCCUUGCGGAAGAAAUCGAUCAUUCUUCCCGAACCUCUUUCCCCGAAUCAGCCGCGAUCUUACCCGACGAUCUACCAAACACCUUAUUGGGCUUUGCCCAUCUCAUUCUACGUACGAGCAAUCCAGAGUUAAAAUGUCUCCUAACUAGAGAAGCUGUUAUGAGACUGCGUGCCGGGAAAUUGAAGUCUAUCAGACCGACUGUCGGGGAGAUAAAGAGGGAGAGGGAAAAAGAAGGUGGAUUAUUAGAUGAGCCUCCGAGGGAGGUCGAGAUGAUCGCUCCUGGUAAAGCACCUAGGCGUGGAAAAGGUGGUUCCGAGAAAUCACGUAUAAUGAUGUUACACGCUCUAGCCAACAUUGAGCAAUACGCUAUCGACUUGGCGUGGGAUAUCAUAGCUAGAUUCGCAGAUUUCACAACCAACAAUGGUGAACGAUUACCUGUGGAGUAUUUCUCGGAUUGGGCGAAAGUUGCUGAGGAUGAGGCGAAGCAUUAUACCUUACUUGCUAGGAGGUUGGUGGAACUGGGAUCCUAUUUUGGUGCACAUACCGUCCACGCGGGAUUAUGGGAAUCAGCUACUCAAACUGCCGACUCACUCUCUGCUCGAAUAGCUAUCAUUCACCUGGUCGCCGAAGCGAGAGGGAUCGAUAUGAACCCUUUGACUUUGGCUAAACUCCAGGCGGCUGGUGAUAAGGAGAGUAGUAGGGUAUUGGAAAUCAUCCAUGCUGAUGAAAUUACGCACGUGACUACCGGACAUAGGUGGUUUACGUGGUUAUGCCAAAAACAAGGUGUGGACCCUAUAACUACCUUCCGAGCAGAAGUAUUCGCCAAUUUCAGAGGAAAGAUCAAAGGACCUUUCAAUGCUGCUGACAGGUUAAAAGCUGGUCUCACACCUGAUUUUUACGAAGAUCUAUCUGGAGGAUUAGGUAGUAACCUGCCAAUAACGGUUAAUGAGGAUGGAAAGGCGAAAGAACCAGAGGGCGACGAACAUAUACAUCCUAGAUUAACAUGA